AAGUUCUGUUAGAUUCGGACCACGAGAAACCGCAUGGUAACAUUCAAAAUUUCAAACUAGAAGGAUUUGCAGAGAGACUUUUCGAGGGGAAUCGGUUUUAGAAACAGUCUUUUGCAAUUCUUCCCCUCCUCCACCAUGGACGCGCAUCACGCUUCUCUUGGUCGACGAACGCUGGAGGAGAUUCGGCAGAAGAGAGCCGCUGAGAGAUUGAGCAAAACUUCCUCUGGACCAGAUCUGAGCAAACUUCCAGUCCCUAAUGAUUCUUAUGCAAUGAGGAAGUCUGAUAGUGAAAUUCGACUCUCUGAGGCGGAUGUUAGUGGUUUAGUAUCUCAGCUGAAAGACUUGCAGAAUAAGAAUGCAGAAUUGGAAGAAAACAACAAGAUAUUAUCUGUAGAGCUCCAAACAAAGGAAGUUGAGAAUGAAACACUGCAUAGUCACCUAAAUGAAGUGGAAGGGAACACUGUACCAUCUUUAAGAAAGGCUCUUAAGGAUGUUGCAAUGGAGAAAGAUGCAGCAGUUGUUGCACGGGAGGAUCUUUCAGCCCAACUUCGGACACUUAAGAAACGCCUGAAAGAAGCAGAAGAAGAACAAUACAGAGCUGAGGAAGAUGCAGCAGCUUUGAGAGCAGAACUGAACUCGCUCCAGCAACAAGCACUAGGUGGCCCACUUGGUGGGAUAAACUUCAUGGGAAAUUCAUCAGAUCAAAUACAAGCAUUAGAAAAGGAGUUAGCUGCAUUGAAAUUUGAAUUACAGCAAGAGUCAGUGCUGAGACAGCAAGAGAGACAACAAUUGGCAGAGGAGCAAGCACGUGCUUCUGCUCUAUUGUCUGAAAAGCAAGAAUUGGAAAAGAAGCUAAGUACUGAAUCCGGAAGGGCCUCAGAAGAAGCUUCAGAAAAAGUAGCCAGCAAAGAAUUUAAAGCGGAAGACAAGGUGAAACUUGAGAUGCAGUUGCAUGAUAUGGCUGUUAUGGUGGAGAGGCUUGAAAACAGUAGACAAAAACUUCUAAUGGAGAUUGAUAGCCAAUCUUCAGAGAUAGAGAGACUUUUUGAGGAAAAUUCUAAUCUCUUAUCUUCUUAUCAAGAGGCAAUGGGCACAGCAAAGCACUGGGAGAAUCAGCUAAAAGACUGUCUUAAGCAAAAUGAAGAGCUCCGUGUGGUUCUAGAUAAAUUAAGAAUUGAACAAGCUACUUUGCUUUCUACAACUGGUAGUGAGAUCCUGGGAGGCUCAUCAGAAGUUCAUAAAGAUGGAGCUAUUCAAACUGGUUCACAGGCAAAUGCAAGUGAAAUUCUUUCGCUGAAGGGCCAACUUGCAAAAGAGCAGAGCAGAGCUGAGGCUCUAUCAGCUGAAGUCAUGCAACUUUCAGCACGUCUCCACCGAACAGCCCAAGCAUACAACAAUCUCACACGCCUCUAUAAGCCUGUACUACGGAACAUAGAAAGCAGUCUUAUCAAAAUGAAGCAGGAUGGCUCUGUCACCGUGCAGUGAAUGCAAAAGGCUCUAAAUGCCAAAUUCUUAAGUGGAGGACCCCUGUUGGCAUCUUGUGUCAUAUCAGAAACUUUGUUAGUAGUAAUUACCAAAAAUUUUCUAAAGAAUUAAUUUUUUAUACCCAAAAUUGUACUUCGCCCUUUUUACUUUAAGGAAUUCUUUUUCUUUUUUUUUUACUUUUUUUUUGGGAUGAACUAAGGAAUUAAUUUUAAUUUUUGAA